UCCUUCUCCUCCUCUUCCUCCUCCUCCUCCUCCUCCUCCUCCAUCCCCGCCGCCCAAGUGGGGCUCCUGGAGUCGGGGAACCAUGGACGCAGCAGCGGCCGGAGUCGCCCCGCGGGGCCCGGCCGGCCCCACGCCCGCUGAGGAGACGCGGGACCGCGCCGAGCUCUCUGAGGAGACGCGGGAGCGCGCCGGCCCCGCUGAGGAGGCGCGGGAGCGCGCCAAGCUCUGUGAAGAAGAGGGCGCCAGCUUGGCUGAGGGGACGCGGGAGCGCGCCGAGCUCUGUGAGGAGGCGCGGGAGCGCGCCGGCCUCGCUGAGAAGACGCGGGAGCGCGCCAGUCUCGCUGAGCGGGAGCGCGCCGGCCUGGCUGAGGAGAGGCGGGAGCGCGCCGGCGUCGCUGAGGAGGAGCGGGAGCGCGCCGGCCUGGCUGAGGAGAGGCGGGAGGUUGGCGGACUCUCCUCGGCGGCCCGGGAGGAGGAGGAGGAGGAGGAGGAGGAGAGACGUGAGGGGUCGGGGUCCCGGGGCCCGGAGACGUUCCGUCAGCGUUUCCGCCGGUUCCGGUACCGGGAGGCGUCGGGCCCGCGGGAGGCGUUCCGCCGGCUCCGCGAGCUGUCGCGCCAGUGGCUGCGGCCCGACGUGCGCACCAAGGAGCAGAUGGUGGAGAUGGUGGUGCAGGACCAGCUGCUCGCCAUCCUGCCCCCCGACGGCCCGGACCCGCGCCCCGGGGGCCGAGCCCGCCGCCCCGACGUCAGGAUCACCGGCUGACCCGACCCCCGACGGCGGCCGGCCCUUCCUCCUCCACCGUCGGCCCCGGGUCCCGGACGCCCUCGCGGCCUCCGUCUUCCCCGAGGGCAAACGAGCCCCGAGUCGGCCGCCCCGACGGGGCACCGCCCGGCCCCCUUCCUAGCCGCGGCGUCGGUCACUCCGGCCCCGACGCCGCUCACCUUCGGGUCCCCCCCCCCCCCCGGCCGGCGGGCCGGCUCCCGGGACGCCCGCCGACCCCGGCCGCGCACGACGGACGGGACGGGGGCGAGGCCUCUGAGCAGCACUGGAUAAGCUUUAUUCCAAACGUUACGGCAAAAUAAAACCUCCUCUCCGCUGUA